UUGAAGACGUAAACCCUCAGGUUAUAAAGAUGUUCAGUGCCAGCCAGUGCUCCAAGGCUCAGUUCCUGGACAAAGCCCGACAGGCUCGGGAGGAGAGGAGGGAGCUGAAGGAGAGGGAACGUGCUGCUGUCCAGGUCCAGGCUUUGGUCAGGAGGUUUCUCUGUAGAUGUCGCCUGCAGAGGGAGAUAAGGAGAGAAGUGGAGGAUUUCUUUGGGGCGAACGAGUCUGGCUCAAGUAAAAGAAGUGCUCUUUCCAUCUUCAGAAUUGCUAGGAAACUCCUGUUUGUGUUUAGUCUUAAAGAGGACAAAGAGAGGUUUGAAAAGCUGUGCCGGUGUAUCCUGAACAGUAUGGAUGUUGAGAACGAGCCCAAGGUGUGGUAUGUGUCACUGGCACUCUCCAAGGAUCUGACACUCUUGUGGAUCAAACAGAUCAAAGACAUUUUGUGGUUUUGCUGUGAGUUUAUCAAACAGCUUAAGCCUGACAUCUUACAAGACUCCAGACUGGUCAAUUUGCACCUCACAAUGCUUGUCACCUUCACAGACACUUCUACCUGGAAGAUACUUAGGGGGAAAGGUGAGACCCUGAGGCCUGCCAUGAACCACAUCUGUGCAAACAUCAUGGGUCAUCUAAACCAGAAGGGAUUUUAUUCUGUGCUGCAGAUUUUGCUAACUAAUGGCUUGGCAAGAUCCAGACCUUCCUUGUCCAAAGGCUCUUUAACUGCCAUCUUCUCCCUCGCCUUGCGCCCUGUGGUUGCUGCUCAGUUUUCAGACAAUCUGCUGAGGUCGUUUCUGAUCCAUAUCAUGUCUGUGCCUGCCAUGGUGACUCAUCUUGCUACACUAACACCUGAGCGCCUGGCAGUGAUAGAAUCUCACGAUCUGUUCCGCAAGUUCAUCCUCUUCUUAAGUCGUGAGGCACAGUGUGGAGAUGUCUGCAUGUGCCUGGAAGGGAGCCACACUCUCUGCCUGCUAGGUAAUCUUGUGUACCUGGGCUCCAUGAAUGAUAAAGUUCUCGAGGAGGAGACAGCUCAUUUUGUGGGUGUGCUCAUUCACAUGCUCUCCUACUGCCAGAAGUAUGUUUCACAGAAGAAAUCCAACCUCACCCACUGGCAUCCUGUGCUGGGCUGGUUUUCACAGACUGUGGAUUAUGGAUUGAAUGAGUCCAUGCCUCUGCUGACAAAGCAGCUGCAGCACCUCUGGGGAGUCCACAUGAUCCGCAUCCUCUUCAGCGAUGUGCUCAGCAAGAAAUUGUUGGAGAAUCAGGACAUAGCUCAGCUGCCAGCACAACCAGUUUCCCCCCAGAACAGCCUUCCUAUGAAGAAUCUUUUCAAGAGAGCUUUCCAGAAGUCUGCGUCUGUCCGCAACAUCCUGAAGCCGGUGGGAGGCAAGCGAGUGGACUCGGCAGAAGUGCAGAAGGUUUGCAGCAUCUGUGUGCUCUACCAAACCACCCUCACCACCCUGACACAGAUCCGCCUGCAGAUACUCACAGGCCUCACUUACCUGGAUGAUCUGCUGCCCAAGUUAUGGGCUUUUAUCUGUGAGCUGGGACCACAGGGUGGCUUAAAACUCUUCUUGGAGUGCUUGAACAAUGACACAGAGGAAUCCAAGAGGCUGCUGGCCAUGUUGAUGCUCUUCUGCGACUGCUCCCGCCACCUUAUCACGAUUCUUGAUGACAUCGAAGUCUAUGAAGAGCAGAUUUCAUUCAAGCUGGAAGAGCUGGUUACCAUCUCGGCUUUCCUGAACUCCUUUGUGUUUAAGAUGAUCUGGGAUGGAAUUGUUGAGAAUGCCAGAGGGGAGACCCUGGAGCUGUUUCAUUCUGUCCAUGGCUGGCUCAUGGUCUUGUAUGAGAGGGACUGUCGCCGGCGUUUCGCUCCGGAGGAUCACUGGUUACGCAAGGACCUCAAACCCAGCGUGCUCUUCCAGGAGCUGGACAAGGACAAGAAGAGAGCCCAGCUGCUGCUGCAGUACAUCCCACAUGUCAUUCCCCACAAGAACAGGGUGCUGCUGUUCCGGAACAUGGUCACCAAGGAGAAGGAGAAGCUGGGGCUGGUUGAAACCAGCUCCGCCUCGCCCCACGUCACACACAUCACUAUCCGCCGCUCACGGAUGCUGGAGGAUGGUUAUGAACAGCUCCGGCAGCUUUCCCAGAAUGCCAUGAAGGGAGUGAUCAGAGUCAAGUUUGUGAAUGAUCUGGGAGUUGAUGAGGCUGGGAUCGAUCAGGAUGGUGUCUUCAAAGAGUUUCUGGAGGAGAUAAUCAAGAAGGUGUUUGAUCCUGCACUCAACCUGUUCAAGACAACCAGUGGUGAUGAGAGGCUGUAUCCAUCCCCAACGUCCUACAUCCAUGAGAACUACCUGCAGCUCUUUGAGUUUGUGGGGAAAAUGCUUGGCAAGGCUGUGUAUGAGGGAAUAGUGGUGGAUGUACCAUUUGCUUCCUUCUUCUUGAGUCAGCUCCUUGGGCACCACCACAGUGUCUUCUACAGCUCUGUGGAUGAACUUCCCUCCUUGGAUUCUGAGUUCUAUAAAAACCUCACUUCAAUUAAGCGUUAUGAUGGUGAUAUCAGUGACCUGGGCUUAACUCUCUCCUAUGAUGAAGAUGUGAUGGGUCAGCUGGUUUGCCAUGAGCUUGUUCCUGGAGGGAAGACCAUUCCUGUUACCAAUGAAAAUAAGAUCAGCUACAUCCACCUGAUGGCUCACUUCCGGAUGCACACCCAGAUCAAGAGUCAGACAGCAGCACUCAUCAGUGGCUUCAGGUCCAUCAUUAAGCCUGAGUGGAUUCGGAUGUUCUCGGCGCCGGAGCUGCAGCGGCUGAUCUCCGGUGACAACGCCGAGAUCGACCUGGAGGACUUGAAAAAACACACAGUGUACUACGGGGGCUUCCAUGGGAGUCACCGGGUCAUCAUCUGGCUGUGGGACAUCCUGGCCAACGACUUCAGCCCCGAGGAGCGAGCCAUGUUUCUCAAGUUUGUUACCAGCUGCUCCAGGCCUCCACUUUUGGGCUUUGCCUACCUCAAGCCUCCUUUUUCCAUCCGCUGCGUGGAAGUCUCUGAUGAUCAGGACACGGGGGACACCCUGGGCAGCGUGCUGCGGGGCUUCUUCACCAUCCGCAAGAAGGAGCCGGGCGGGCGCCUCCCCACCUCCUCCACCUGCUUCAACCUCCUGAAGCUUCCCAACUACAGCAAGAAGAGCAUCCUGCGGGAAAAGCUGCGCUAUGCCAUCAGCAUGAACACUGGCUUCGAGCUCUCCUAG